AUUGGUUUCGCCAAAAACCUCACCGGCUCCAUUCGACCAUUCCAUCCUUUCCUUAUCCCCUCCCGCUUCGUCUCCCUUCCUGGCUUCCUUUCUUCGCCAUGGCAACCAUGUCCCUCCGCUGCCUCGCCAUGGCCAUGGCCGACACCGCGCUCCCGCCCGCCCACAAGCUCCUCCCCACAGUUUCCCUCCCGCUCCUCUCCUCGUCCACCCGCGCCGCGCCGCUCCUCCUCUUCGCCAGGCGCCGCCUGCCGCUCGCGCCCCUCGUUACCUCCUCCGACGCCGUUGAGGCCAAGUCGGCAGACGAGGAGGAGGAGAAGGCCGGAGAGCCCGUCGAAAUGGAAGCUGGGGAGUUUGAGGAGGUGCUAGCCUCAGGCGGCGAGGGUGAGGGGCAGUACGCCGCGGUGGAGCCGCCAGAGGAGGCCAAGGUCUACGUUGGGAACCUUCCCUACGACGUCGACAGCGAGGGACUCGCGCAGAUCUUCGACCAGGCCGGCGUCGUCGAGGUCGCCGAGGUUAUCUACAACAGAGAAACUGGCCAGAGCCGUGGGUUUGGUUUUGUUACCAUGAGCACUGUUGAGGAAGCUGACAAAGCCAUUGAGAUGUUCAGCCGCUAUGAUAUUAGCGGGAGGCUUCUGAAUGUAAACAGGGCAUCUUCUAGGGGCACUCGCAUGGAAAGACCUCAGAGACAAUUUGCACCAGCUUUCAGAGCUUAUGUUGGCAACUUGCCAUGGCAAGUUGAUGACUCUAGGCUGGUGCAGUUGUUCAGCGAGCAUGGAGAAGUUGUUGAUGCUAAGGUUGUCUACGACAGAGAAACUGGGCGCUCACGAGGAUUCGGUUUUGUAUCAAUGGUGUCAAAGGAGGAACUCAAUGAUGCUAUUUCGGCCCUAGAUGGACAGGAAUUGGACGGCCGCCCUCUUCGAGUGAAUGUUGCAGCAGAGCGGCCACAGAGGGGCUUUUGAUGCGGUUGUAUGAGAGAGAUGACUGUUUGUUUGUAAUGAGCAUGGAGACACAGAGACACAAUGGAGGAGCAAUGGUACAAAUUAGCGGAAGCGGAUGCUGUCACAAGUUGCUAGAUCUUUCUCCCUUAGCUUCCUGACAUUUGGUUCUUGCCACAGCUUUUUGAUGCUUCUCUUGGCAGCUGGACUUAAUGGUUUGCUAUUCUUGUCGACAUCACGAGUUGAAUUGUCAAACUAGUCUCUUAUGUUCUAUGCUGAUUUGCCUUAACCA